AACCUCCAAAGUUCGACACUCUCCUUCUCCUCAACGCUUCGCAGUUGCAGUCUUGAGUCUCCCCCUCUCUCAGGUGCUUUUAGAACUACUUUUUUCGAGCUAUCAAAACAACCGGCCAAGAUGCAGAACGAGGAGGGGCAAAACAUGGAUCUCUACAUCCCCAGGAAGUGUUCCGCCACCAACAGGCUCAUCACCUCCAAGGACCACGCAUCUGUUCAGAUCAACGUUGGACACGUGGAUGCUGAUGGCAUUUACACCGGCCAAUUCUCCACUUUUGCUCUCUGUGGCUUUGUUCGCGCUCAGGGUGAUGCUGACAGUGCCCUUGAUAGGCUGUGGCAAAAGAAAAAGGUUGAAGUCCGACAACAAUAGGAACCAUGAGAGCAGGUUGUGUCUUCUUAGCAGUUCUCUCAUCCUGCAAGGGGAGGAAAUGUUAUAGGGAUUACUGAUUUGUUCUAGUUUAAUUUGUGGACCAUGUUAAUUUAUUGUUGUUUUGGACAAAACUAUGUCUAGUACUUAGUUUUCUUCUGUGUUGGACCUAAGAUCACAGCUUUUAUUAUAGCCAUGGAUGACCUAUGCAAGUUUUGCUUUUCGUUCUGGCAUUUGAGGUCUGAUAUUACAUUCCAUCUUUCUUCUUCUAUGGUAUAAAGAUUAAAGCAUCGGGCUUGGUUUAUGCA